GAAUGGUUGUCGGGUUUCAGCCUGUCUUACCCUGGUCAUGUCUCUGAGUGCUGACUAAUGUGUUCAUCAGAACAUUCGAUGUAUGUUAAAAUAAAAGUUAAAUGAAUACAAUUAAAAGAAACAAUAUGACUGGCUCUAUAUUCACUUGGAUGACGAUGCCCAUGUUUUAAUGCGGUUAAGUAUCACUGAAGCUACUCCAGCUUGGCAUAGAACACAGAAGCCUAUUAUGUUGGAGGUUUUUGGAAGGUUUCUGGAGCUGCUGCAGACAUGCAUUGCAUCCUAAACAGGAUGUUUAGCCACCAUCGAUACACACCUAGCAUCUCAAACAGUGGGCCAUUUACAUUUUCUGUCAUUGAAACUCCAGAUGUUUGUAAUACCACUAAUGUCACUAUUUUGCUAUGGUAUUUUUUACCCAUACGUUAAUUUAAAGUCCUUUAAAGGAUGAUUCUGUUUUCCUCUUUGAAACAAAUGUUGAAAUGAUCUGUCGUACACACCUUUCACAACUUGUUUGUGAGACCUUGUUCUCCAAUGGACAUCAUAUGGAAAAAUGCCAGCGCUCAGAGGGGGGUGGUGGGGUUAACCAAACAGACAAGUUGUAGCUUAGCAACCAUGUCUGCACAGGGAGAUCCCCAAAGAUUUGUGAUCCAGAGGAAGAAGAGAGAGAGGAAGAGAUAAGCGAGUUUGAAGUUAGAUAGAGCAAUUCCCCCAGCCUAACAGGAAUUUUCAGAUGAAAACUCCCUCUUGUUCUGUAAACAAAGCCUGUGAUUUAGUUGUAGCUGAGAGAUGGGAAAAGGCAGUGAAGGACGGCACAGCACCUUGGUGAGUUGUGGGCAGAGUGAGCAUUGAGACCCUGCCUGGGGAAGAUUCCUAUGGCCGUACACUUCCUCUCUGAGUCUGAAGCUGCCAAGUGCUUUCUUUCUCUUUCCUUUUUCCUCUGACCUUGGCAGACUGAUUCUGCCAUCUUCAGCCCAACACUUUCUCUUGGGGUCUCUCUCUCUCCCUCUCUUUCUCCAUUUUUCUUUCUCUUAUUGCCCCCGUAUUCCUUCUGGAAAGUGAUGGCGGCCAACAAACCGAAGGGGCAGAACUCUCUGGCCCUACACAAAGUGAUCAUGGUGGGGAGUGGAGGCGUGGGGAAAUCUGCUCUCACGCUGCAGUUCAUGUAUGAUGAGUUCGUGGAGGAUUACGAGCCCACUAAAGCAGACAGCUACAGGAAGAAGGUGGUUCUGGACGGGGAGGAGGUGCAGAUCGACAUCCUGGACACGGCCGGGCAGGAGGAUUACGCCGCCAUCAGAGAUAACUACUUCCGCAGCGGAGAGGGAUUCCUCUGUGUCUUCUCAAUCACAGAGCUGGAGUCAUUCGCCGCCACAGCAGACUUCAGGGAGCAGAUCCUGCGGGUGAAGGAAGAUGAGAACGUCCCCUUCCUGCUGGUGGGGAACAAGUCUGACCUGGAGGACCGCAGACAGGUGUCUACCGACGAGGCCAAGGUUCGUGCCGACCAGUGGGGCGUCAGCUAUGUGGAAACCUCUGCCAAGACCCGUGCCAAUGUGGACAAGGUGUUUUUUGACUUGAUGCGUGAAAUAAGAGCGAGGAAGAUGGAGGACAGCAAAGAAAAGAAUGGCAAAAAGAAGAGGAAGAGUUUGGCGAAGAGGAUUAGAGAGAGAUGCUGCAUUCUAUAAUGACUGGGUGACUUGUGCUUGUUAUGCCAACUCCAACCCACCCCCCACACCCCCCACCAGACUCCGCUCUCCUCUGCUUCCCACUGCCCUCGUCUGACCCCCUACACACCCACCCCCAACCCACCCCACCCCACCACCUUCCUCCUCCAACUGCCAAGGACACCUGUGACACUGUCUGUAGGUUGUGGGCAUUGGCAGAUCAACUUCCAAGGUUUUAUGGCUAUUGGUUUUAUCCACAGGAUAUGGCUGGGUGGGUUGCGUGGAUCAAAGCAAAACUGAAUCUAAAGGAAAAAAUGUGAAGCAUCAUGGAGAGGAAUCAGUGAGAGGCAUACUGAUUGUUGACCUUUUUUUUUUACUUUGUGGUUUGGCACAGAUAUGACAAACUUAAUUUUACUCAAGGACUACACUAUAUAUUGAUUUUCUUUUUGUUAUUCUAACAAGACAGCUAUUGGCUUUUUACAUUUAGUGAAUGCCGCUUCAAGGAUGACAUUUUACAUAUUCUGUAACUAGGCAACGUCUUUCCAUGCUCGUGUCACAAAUUGAGGCAAUAUAAUAAUGUUGUUGCAGCACCUCACCUGAAUUUGGCGUGCAAACUGUUGCCCCAGUUCCGCAAUCAUGUUGUUCAGUUGCUGUAAAAAAAAAAAAAAAAACAGCACAGGGGCAAUCUCCUGCCUCAACGCACACUACUCUUAACUCUUAAGCUUUCCCUCAGAUGGAUGUUAUGGAAAGCCCUAUGUAUGCCCCUGUUUGUUUUGGAAGGAAGUUGGUGGAAGGCUGCUGUUUGCAUUCAGGUCAUAUUUUUAUUGUACUUUGAACAUGUUGCCUUAAUUUUCAGAGUACAUCAGAACAUGGCCCUGCAUUUGACUGAGCCUCACCCAGAUCCCCUCUCCAUGAGUGGGCGUCUACCAAAAGCACACUCCUGUAUUCAAGGUUCAACUUGAAAUCUGCAGGCAUUUUGCAACCAACAUUGAAAUGUCAUUGUGAUAUUUUAUCUGUUUUGUUUAACUCUACAUUUUGUUUAUCAUUUUGUUUUACUUAUGCAAGAGGAUUUUGAGAAAUUGUAUUCUAUGUGUAAAUGAUGAUGGAAAAGGGUUCUUUUAAAAGCUAUUUAAAGACAGGAUGUUGUGAAGCACUCUAAAAUGAACCUUCUCUAAAAGUACUCUAAUCUUGCUCAACCAUCUUUCCAAAUGUGCAACAGCCACAACUAAGUAAGUGGAGGAAUGCAUAGAUUAAUCCCAGUGUAUACUUCAAGGGCUAUUCCUUUUGGCUGUGUACACGUGGAGUAGUGUUGAAAGAUGGACCCUUUCAUCUCAAGCAAGUGAGAUGAUUCAAACUGGCCAAGCCUUUGUAGAAAGAAACUGACAGCUCAUUAGCCACUCAUCAUUGUUAAACAGCAAUGCCAAUAUUUAUAUUUAUGUAACCUAAUCAAGUGUGACAGCAUUCGCAAAGUAUCCUGUGCAUCCUCAUACAAUUGAAUGAGAGUUUACAGGGCUAUAAGAGUGAAGAUAUCUGCAUUUCAGAGCAGAUUGGGGAUAGGGGUAGGAAUACUGAAAGUGAUAUGAACCACAAAUACUAAAGGUGUACUGGUGAAACAUUUCAUAAUGCUUGUUCACUGUUUACUUUUUAAAAAGCCUGUCCACCUCUCUCUAAAAAAAAUGUGUUAACGCUUUAGCCAUGGUAUUUUGGUGUACCCAAACGGUCAUGGUGACCAGAUGUCCUUAAUAAAUACACUGUUGUAAUUGGUUGUUCAGAGCAAGUCAGGUGCCAUGAAGCUGCAAUGGACUGUAUAGCUAGCUAGCUGAUGCUCCUGGUGCCCACAUUCUAAUCGCAUCGCUUUGAGCAAACUAACUUAAAAAGGAAGAGAAAAAAAAUGAGAAAAAAGGCUUCGGUUGUAAUAAACAGACUCAAGUCUUUGAAUGUGUUUUGAAAUAUUGUACAUUGCUAUCUAUGAUGAAAACAGACAACAAAUACCCUGUGUUUAUAAUGUAAAGACAAAAGUUAUUUUGGUGCUCAAUUAUAUUUGGCUGUGG